CGUUGAUGUUGAUUACUGACCCUGGGUUAAUAUGGAAGUGAAUGAGAAAGAUUAUAUGGACACAGAGAACUGCAGAUGCUAGGUAUUGCUCAAUAUGACACAAAUUACAGGAGCAACUCAGCAAGUCAGGCAGAAUCUCUGGAGUGCAUGGAUAGGUGAAGUUUUGGGUUGAGACCCUUCUUCUGACUCAUAGAUGAUAUGAAGUGCAUUGCAUUAGAACUGAAACUGAUCUUGUCAACAUGGACAGGUUCAUUUUAACUAACACACAUCAGAUCACAGCUGAUCCAUACACCUUAUAGAUCAUGGAUUUUGAUGAGUGCUCUCUACAAUCUUUUGACUUUUAUGGACAAAAAGCUGCCAGUUUAGUAAUGCCAUUUCAAUUGGACUAUUUUCUUUUGAAAUUAAGCCACAAUAAAGUGGUUUAUUCAGUCGAUGGUUUCUCAAAUUUAAUGCUAGUUUUCGGCAUCAUUUAUUAUACAUUCACGCAGGCUUGAAUAAAUAUGUCCCGUGUGCCAUCAAGUUAUUGGAACGGAAUUUCAAGCAACAUGUAGCAACUGACACACGGUACUCUCAUCAGUGAGAUUGCAGUCUUGACCUUCUCUCACCUAAUUAGAGACCUUUAACUAUCUUUAGUGUUCUUUAUCAGACUUUAUCUUGCACUAAAUGUUGUACCCUUUAACUGUGCACUCUGGACGGCUUGAUUAUGAUCAUGCAUUGUCUUUUCUUUGACUGGAUAGCAUGCGAACAAAAGCCUUUCACCUUCCCUCAGUACAAGUGACAAUAAUAAGCUAAACUAAACUAAAGUAAAGACCAACCCUUUGUGAAACCCCUAACAUUUGAUUAUAUGUUCUGGUUUGCUCUGAGCCUGCCACAUGGUUUACAGUGAAUACAGAUUAGAACAUUUGCAAAUCCAACCUAUCACCAGGAUGCAACUAACAUAAAUUAACCACUCCCCACUGAGUUUAUUAUAAAUUACGCGAGAAUGUUUGGCAUCAUUUAGUGUGUGAUUGCACAAGAAGAUGAAACUACUGUACAAUCUGCAUGUUUUGCUAAUUGUCAUCUUUCUAAGUCCAGCCUGCCAUGGAGAUGAAAUUAUUGGAGGUCAUGACGCUGUACCUCAUUCAAGACCCUAUAUGGCAUCCCUUCAAAUGUUUAAGUCGUGGAAACAGCAGUAUGUCCAUUAUUGUGGAGGGGUUUUGAUCAACCGUGAAUGGGUUCUAUCUGCAGCUCACUGUGAAAUCAAAGAUGGCACCAUUGCUGGAAAACAGAAGCUUCGAGUGGUUCUUGGUGCACAAUCUCUUUCGCGAUACGAGUCGAGUAAACAAAUAUUUCAUAUCAAGAGACAGAUUCCCCAUCCAGAAUUCCGUGGUAAUACUAUGGAAAAUGACAUCAUGCUGCUGGAACUGGAGAAUAAUGCAAUGAUCAACAAUGAUGUGGAUGUGCUCAAACUACCUGGAGGAAUGGUCAAUGAUCUGAAGCCUGGAACUUCCUGCUUCGUGGCAGGAUGGGGAAAAACAAGGAAAGGAUCUCUAUCUGACACACUUCAAGAGGUGACAAUAGAAGUAAUAGAUCGUAAAACAUGCAACAGCGAGGACUAUUACGAUCACAAACCUGAAAUAACCCAGAACAUGAUCUGUGCUGGUGACAAUGAAGGCAGAGGAGAUUCUUGUGGGGGUGAUUCAGGUGGUCCUUUGCUUUGCAAUGGAACGUACGUCGGGAUUGUGUCCUUUGGCCAAGGAUGUGCAGAUCCCAAAAAGCCUGGAGUUUACACUUUUGUUUCUGAUAAAUACCUUUGUUGGAUUUGGAAAACCAUUGCCAUGCAGGCUUACAAUAUGACCGAUGGAGGGCUGUAUUGAGUAAUCAGCGUGCUAAUUCACUUUGCUUUACUAACUGUGAUGCUCAAACAAUUGGCUUAGAUAACCAGCAUGCUUCCAUCUAUAUCUUGAGUACAUUGUGUAACAUUUUACCACAAAAUGCAAUAAAAACUAGAAUUGUGAAAUCCCCUUGUCUCUGAAGUAAGAUUUA